CACAUACGGCUUUCGCACUACCUUACGCGUAUGGGCUAUCUGUCUAUUCAUGCUCACCGCCCCGCUACUCUACUUCGUCAGACCGCGUAUCCCACUUGGGCCCAAGCAACGCGCUCGCAAGAUCGACUUCGCCUUUCUCCGCACGUCAACGUUCGGAGUUCAUCAAGCAUGCAAUAUCGUCGAAGCUCUCGGCUUCUUUCUCCCAUUUAUCUACCUCCCUACAUUUGCUCGCAGUAUAGGCGUCGAAAGUAACACCCUUAGCGCCUUGACUGUGAUCCUUUUCAACGUCGCCUCUGUCUUCGGCUGCGUUGCUAUGGGUUCGAUAGUAGACAAAUGGCACGUCACAACCUGCAUUUUAAUCUCUACUAUCGGCACCACCAUCAGCGUCUUCGUCAUCUGGGGCUUCUCCAACUCCCUGGCUCCACUGUAUAUCUUCUGCCUGAUCUACGGCUUCUUCGCAGGGAGCUUCACAAGUGCCUGGCCAGGAAUCAUGCGCGAUGUUACCAAGAAGAGCGACACUGCCGAUCCGAGUAUUGUCUUUGCAUGCCUGGCGGCAGGACGAGGCGUUGGCAACGUGGCGUCGGGUCCGCUCAGCGAGGCCUUGAUCGAUGGCUAUCCGUGGCGUGGGGAAGCUGGCUUUGCGUAUGGUAGUGGCUAUGGCACGCUAAUCGUGUUCACUGGUAUUACCGCACUUCUUGGUGGGUCAAGUUUCCUGGGUAAGCGGCUUGGGUGGGUGUGAUUGUGUACACAAAGAUUGGUAUACCACCUUCUAGUCAAAACUUGAGCUGAAGAAAGCCUAACGCCUGGUACAAUGUUGUUGAGACAACAAACUAGAGAUGUUUUCGACCUCUUAUCGCAUCAAGUCAUGAAGCCGUGAGCACAUAGCCAAUUUGACACUGCCCGCCACCCGAGCGUCACAACAAGAACGACGCCAAUGACCAGCAACACAGGGCACACCAC